UUGAAAUUGGACAUCACACUUCCUAAACUCAAAUACGAGAUGGGGAAGGAACCUGUCAAUGGAUUCAAGGCCAUAGACAAGUACUCAGACUUCAAGUACAUCGCCAAGGUGAAGGAGAUACUCAUGCCUGAGCAGUUUAAGAGAAUCGAGGAUUCUUUCUUGGGUCCUGCUUUGCAGUUCUCCGGAGAUGAUGCUCAUGAUGAGAGGUUUUCUUUGGCUAUGGAGCUGCUCAUCGAGACAAUUUUUCUGCAUAGAUGCCUACGAAAUGCUGUUAAAAUCAGUGAAGAAGACUGUGGAGAACAGUCUAUAAAAGGCCAAGGACCCUCUGGACGGGUUCCCUGUUACGCUUCACCUAUGGAUCUUGGAAUCCGUACCCAAGCUGCAAUCGGCUUUCUCUACGAUUGA